CUUCCUUACAGCAGCAGCAGCUGCAAAAGCCCAGGCGCUCGCCUUCGUUGGUUGCAUGCCUUUCUCUCUCCUGCUGCCUCCCCAUCUUCUCCUCCUUGCAUUAGAGAGCCUCCCUUCUUUCUUUCUCCUUUAAGGAGGCGGUGCCUGGAUUUAAGAUCUGUUCCCAGUUGCUAUUGGGGCAAUCGUUGCAUUAAAGGAAUGCUCUUUCCCUCCCUUCUUCUUCUUCCUCCUCCUCUCUCCCCAUCACCUCUCGCUGUGCAAUUCAAAGGCACUUUGCAAAAAGGACUGACAUCAUCCGGAGACCUGCCUUGGAACUAAAAUAGAGAAAGGAAAGGAAGAAGAGAAGCCUUUUAUAAAAGCCAGAGCUCUGGACUCUUUCUGGACAUUUUUUAAACAGCUCUUGAUUUGUUGGAAAAAACAGUGGGAGCCUGGAUGCUGAGACAGGUGGAAAAGAAGAAGAAGUGGAAAGGUGGCAUUGUGAAAGAAUAAAAAACCCAGGCAGGUUGAUGGGUGAGCAGACAACUUCCCUUCUCUUCUCCUGAGGUUUCAUUGGACUUGCAUUGAAGAAAAAAAAGAUUCCCUUGCUUUUGCAGAGAGACUUCACUGAAAGAAUUGCAAAGCUUUGGAAUUGAUGCUUGUUCCAAAUUAAGAUACAAUUUAAUUCAAUUUAUCUUCCUUUCUACCCCUGUGUUUUUGCAUUUUUAUUUCAAGGCAUGGGAAUGGUAGGGCCAAGAGCACCUUUAACAGAAAUGAAUACAUCCCCUCUUCUUCCUUGCCUUGACCUCCUUGUAGUAUUAUAGUGGGGUUUGCUUUCAAGAUAAAGAAGCCCAACCUUCAAGAUGUUGCAAUAAAUGUUGUCAACCCCCCCUUAAAGGUUUUAAAGGCAUACUUACCAAAAAGAGAAGAAAGACUUUGUGUGUCUCCUCUCCCCCUCCUUUCCUACUUGGAGUAGUAGGUGACAUAACAUGGCAAAAAAUUCUGCGGAGGGUUCCAAGGAAGACCUGACCAAAAUGACGGAAGAUGACAUGUUGCGGUGGAGCAAAGAAGACCUGGUGAAAAGGCUGAAGAAAGUGGAGAAUGAAAAGAUGAACCUGAUGGUGGAGCACGGCAACCUGAUGAAGGACGUCAACCGGAGGCUGCAGGUCCACCUGCACGAGAUCCGAGGCCUGAAGGAAGUCAACCAGAAGCUCCAGGACGAUAACCACGAACUGAGGGAGCUCUGUUGCUUCUUGGACGACGACAGGCAGAAAGGGAAGAAGCUCUCCAGGGAAUGGCAGAGGUUUGGGCGACACACCGCUGGGGUGAUGUGGAAGGAGGUGGGCAUGUACCAGCAGAAGCUGAAGGAGCUGGAGGCCAAGCAGGAGACCCUCAUGAGAGAGAACAUGGAGCUCAAAGAGAUUGUCCUCAUGCUGGACGAGGAGAGGAACGGAGCAGGCUCGAGAAGCUCCAUAGACAGCCAAGCUAGUCUCACCAACCUGAAUGGAGGCUCUGGUACCCGGGAUGUUGGUGACGGGAGCAGUACUUCCAGCACUGGCAGUGCGGGGAGUCCGGAUCACCACCACCACCACCCCCUUCACCAUCACAAACCGGUUGAGAACAAGGCUGGAGCUAUCCGGAGGUCUAUGGAUGAUCUCUCGGCGCCGCUUCACCACAGGAGCAUCCCCAAUGGUCUCAACGAUUCAUCAUCCAACUACAUCAGACAACUUGAAACAAAAGUCAAACUGCUAGAGGACGAUAAUAAACUUCUCUCUCAGCAGUCAACAACUGGAGAUUUGAGGACUCUGCGGAAAGGGUUAUCCCCAUACCACUCUGAGUCUCAGCUGACAUCACUGCCGCAGUAUCAGGAUGCCAUGCAAAAUGGGCCACUUCGUAUGGCUGCUGAUCUCACUGCUUCUCCAGCAGUGGGAUAUGUUCCCAUAAGCCAGAAACCAGAGGCAGUGGUGCACGCUAUGAAGGUCCUUGAAGUCCAUGAGAAUUUGGACAGGCAAAUACAAGAAAACUAUGAAGAAGACCUGAGUGAAAAGGAGAAAGCAAUUGUUCGUGAAAUGUGCAAUGUGGUCUGGCGGAAACUAGGUGAUGCGGCAAGCUCCAAGCCAUCGAUCCGGCAACAUCUUUCGGGUAACCAGUUCAAAGGCCCUUUAUAAGAAACCUCACACUGCAAGACUGGGAGCGGAAAGAACGAGAGAAACAAAGACUUCUCUGCCUCUACCUGCCACAGUCAUCUCUCCUGCUGAGCCCCCACCCCACAGUCUGUUCAUAGUGUAAAUAAGGCAGCUCAAGGCCUAGCUAGUAGGCUGGCCUGAUCCAGAACAAUGCUACAUGGGUUAAUAACAAUCCCUUUAUGGCCCAUUUGUGUCACUUGUAUUGUAGUGGGGAAUAUAACCCCAACCCUGCUUUCUUGUAUGGUCAUAUGUAGAAAUACUUAAACCCAAGUGAAUUUCUAGGAGGGGGAAUAAGCAAGGAGCCUCCACUUGUGGAGCAUUUACACUUUCUCAUUUGUGCCGAUGUGUGGAGUGGCAGCACACCAGCUCCCUGCAGCUUGGUUUUGGGGAAAGACUGAGGAAAUCACAAGUAGAGUUGUUGUUUUCAUGCCUGUUGAGAAGAACAUAUUUGUCAUUUGGCUGGUCCCAGUAUGCCACAAUGUUUUGAGGACCAGUCCCAGAAUGCUGCAAUUUUUGCAUCCCACCAAUCUGAUAGCAGCCUUCUGGGCUAGGGAUGGUCAAAGUGCAGCCCCCCAGAGGCAAGUCCCAGUGUCCCUCACUAUUGCUUAUGCUGGCUAACAUUGCUGGGACUUACAUCCCAACAGUAUCUUGAGGGAUGCUCCUUGCUAACCUCUGCUCUAUGGAGUUAAAUCCUUGACUAUUUUAUAGCUGCCUUUAGGGAUGAAUAAUUGCAAUAGUCUUAUCCUUGCAGAAGGAGAAAACAAACAUUACUCCAUAGCAGUGGUACGUAAGCUUUUCUUUACCAGGGACCCCAUUUAGAUAUAUUUUGUUGAACACUGAACCAUUAACAAUUAGACCAUCCAUUAAAUCUUACCUCAGAGGGGGAGGGAAGACAUUCUCCUGCUUCUUCCCACCUGUUUGCAGCUGAGGCAGAUUGAACAGCAGAGUGCAGGCACAGUCACCCAGCUUUUGCCUUGGCUACUGUCAUGUAGCUACCCUGCUUUGGGGAGGAGAUGGGCUGAGUAGCCCUCAAACCUUUGUGGACUCCCUGUGAGGACAUCACAACUGCCUGGCGUUCCUGGACCACAUGUUAAGAACCACUGCUCCACAGUAUUUUCCCUAUAUUAGAAUGUCCUGAAGUGCUGCAGAGGAAUUAGUUUGUAUUGAAAAACACAUAGGCUUUUUGCAUUAAAAACCUGUGCUGAGAUGUUACAUUGCCCACUUAGUUACGAAUGCAUAAUUAUGUAUUUUCUUCUGGACCAAACCCCUCCCCAAAUGUCCUUUAACAGCCAGCCACAGCAUUGAGCAAUGGAGGUCUGUUCUUCUCAAAAUCAGUGCGCAGUAGGAUGGCAUUUUCAGUCCCUCCAGCAAUCUGCAGGGUGUAGAGUUGCAAUAGGGCUCCUGCUUCUGAUUGCUGCAGCUUCAUUUGCUGGCAGGAGAAGCUGGAAACAUUCUUUUGUUCCACCCUGAUUGCCACCAGAACAGACCACUAUCGCACAGUACAGCUUCUGGCUGACAAAGUAGGUCUGAGACGCAUUUAUGACUGUGGCAAUAGUUGUGUGAUCUAUGUAUGUUGUAUAAAUGCAUAUGAAACAAUUAUGGAUCCAUAACUCUAGGUUGCCAACCCUGGUUUUUUGUUAAAACUGUGCAGAAAACAAUGCUUAUUGCACACACACAAAUCAACAUGUUUUUCUAUAUAGAAUAAUUCCUCUACAACAGUUUAAGACAUGUGAAUCGGGUGGGUGAGGCAAGAUUGUUGUUGGUCUAUUCUUCCCAGUGAGGAUUCCUGUCUUGGAAACCUCCUAUUUUAGACCUUGGAAUGAAUAAUAAUGAAUAUUCUUUCCAUUCCUGCCGUGUUCCAAGCAAUGCAGUCUGGCCUGUUAGGGGUUUGAUCAACCAAAGUGCAUGGCUAGCAGGCUCUUACAAUUUUACUUUCUGCUCUCCCUUAGCUCUGGCUGGUCUUCACAAAUCCUAAGUGUGACAGAAAAUGGAACUGUGGUGUUUCCCCACUACAGUUCCCACUAGCCAGGUGCCAUGUUGGCUGGGGGAUUCUGGGAGUUGUAAUCCCAAAGGAGUCAUUCUCAGAAACCAUGGACAAUACUAGCUGGGGGAUUCUGGAGCUUAUCACUUGGAAAAUGUUACUUUUCUAUGUUCUGAAUAGCAUAUAGGGAUUUCUAUGUUAACAUGAGCCCCUUGUGUGAAGGAGAAAAUGCCACCAUGUGCAUAAUUUGGCAACUGCAGCAAAAAGGGAACACAUUGUGCAGUUUUGACUAGGGUGAGCCAGGUGUAAGGGAGGGCCAGGCUGAGAGGCAGCAUUCAGUGCCAUCAUAGUCAGGCAGCUGCAAGACCUCCAUCUUAGAUCCCCACUUCCAGUUCCUGGGAUCCUCUGACCCUGUUUUGCUUCUGCCUUGCUGAAGCAAAACAGUUUUGCUUCACCUGCCCUCAUCCACUCUUUGACUAGAAACAUUAAUGUAUCUUGUCCGCUUUAUCCCUGUGUGUUUUUCUGGGAAGUGAAAUAGGUUGGGCCUAGACAAUGAGGUCAAGCAGAUGUCCUAUGACAAGGAGAAAGAGGAGGAGGCAUGGUCUUUCACACGGCCAGUAUCUAGCAUUCAUUAGGUUCCUGUGAUUGUGUCAAAGUAAGCGUUUCAGCAGGUGGAGCAGAACCUACCAAACAGUUCUCUUCCCUAUGGCUGUUCAUGCAGCUGAGCUUGGAAAAGUUACAUAGCACAUAUUGUGUUCUGACUCAGCCAUGCUGGUGGGAGCCAGGGGGAAAAAACCUGCAGGCAUCGUACAAGGCAAUUUCAAAUUCAUAACUUCUCCAUAUUCAGCCAUGCUCCCUAUUGACAACCUUAGCCAUAUUGCCAUGAUUGCAAAUUCCCCCACCCAAAUCUCCCAUAACAGCUAGCAACUGCAUCCAACAACAGAGGUCUAUUCUGGUGAUCAGGGUGUAGCAAGACAACAUUUCUAGCCUCUUCCUUCCAGUGAUCUCUAGUGUAAUGGGGAGUUGUAACUGGGGUCUUACUUUUGAUAGUUGCACCAGAGGUUACUACAAGAAGUGGGUUUGGAAACAUCCUGCAUUGUCCCAGUCUCUAGUAGAACAGACGUUCAUUGCUCGAUUUGGCUGUUAGUUGAUAAGGUUGGUUUAGAGAGUCAGGUUGGGAGAUUCACACCGUAACUUUGUCCAUGAUGUAGGAUCCUGGCAAAUAUAUUCAGAUUUUGCAAAAGGUACAAGAGCCUGCCUUCGACAAUACAUAGAAAUACCUGCUUCUUUUUCAGGGUUAUUUGUAUAUUCAGAUGUUAACCCUAUACGGGCAAAAUACUCUGUGCAUCUUUCUUCUUGCCUGCCUCUUUUAAAUACCAUAAACAAAUGUUUGCCAUGUCGAUCCACAAUAUAAUUUUGUCCUGAUGUGACACUGCAUUCUCAUUGAAAUAAUUGAAUUGAAUGGGUAAUUUGAAACUGUAAAGCAGAAGAACAGCCAUUUCAGUUACACAAAGAAGAAGCUCAGAAAAGUUGCUGCUACCAUUGAAUCAACUCAAGUCCUUCUCUUUUCUUUGAAAUGCUGUGUAUAAUAUGGAUGGGCUGAUCUUUUUUAUUAGACAGGAGCAGCACUUUUGUAACCUGCCAAAGACUUUGCCUACUUUUCCCAGACUCUUCUUCUCUCAUCCCAUAUUUGUCAGUUUUCUGAAAAGUGGAUAAUGCUCCUUUGGAAACUUGCAUUCAUGUUUGUAAUUAGUGUGAAGAUGCUGCAGUUUCAAGCUGUUGCAUCCUCGUCUAGAGUUUUGGCCAUGGUGAUUAUAGGUAGUUCAGUUAGUUGGACCUGUUUCUACUGGAUGCCCUUAUUUGGGGUUUCUUUCUGAUUAAGUACCCGCAUAGUAUAGAACUGAAAUGUCCAUUCAGGAGUUUCUCAGUAUACCUCGAGAGUAGAGCUUGGAAACACUAAUUUUGGGGAGAGUAUACGUUAUGUUGGCUGGGGCACUGUGAAAUUCUAUUUACUGCCUCCCCCUCCUCAAAAGGAACCUUUCCAAGCUGCGCUUUCAACCACUUCCACUUUAUUAAAGCUACCACUUCAGUUACCUACUCUUCUUCAUUUGCUCCUGCCUUCUCAAUUUUGUGUAACCAAAACUGAGUGUGACUGAUGACUUAAAAUUGUUCCCAGCUUCUCCUUCCCAGUUCUUCUCACUUGCUUCCAGUCCCUUUCUCUAAAUGGGGUCCUUAACCUAACUUGGAACUGAUACGAAUAAGGGUCAAACUAGACUUUAUGUUUAAUGUGUUUUUAGAAGAGGUGGUCCUUCAACUGGUGAAAGGUGUCUGCUUGUCAUAGCAUGUUAUUAUCACCAUCUAUACAUCUUUCACUUACAAUAGUUACUGAAAUGUAAACAUAAAUUUAAUUUACAAGUCUGCUGAAUCACCAGUCAUGGAGGAAACUCAGUUGUAUGAAUAAAAUGGGCUAAUAUCAAGGAAUAGGUGACUGCCUGUUCCUUAAGGUCUAGUUUGAUCCUGAGGGUACAAAAUAUGAUAUGGCACACUGUGUAGGAAGCUACAAAUAGGGUGUCAUCCUUAUCCCAUGGCAUCUAUCUCAUCUAUUUAAAUCAGGGAUGAGCAAACUAUAGUCCUCAACACAUUGCUGAAGUGCAACUCCUUUCAUCUGUCUCUGAUGACUAGUCUUAUGGUGAAGAUGGGGACUGAAGUCCAACAAUAUAUGGAGGAACGCAGUUUUACCAUUGGUGGUUGAAAUAAGUUCCCAACUAGCUUCGAGUUACUUCGAAGUCAGUGAGACAAUUAUUUUUUUAAAUGAGCACCACUGAACCAAAGCUGAUUCAGAUGAAUGGGGCUACCUCCUAGGGAAGUGGAAUUACUACUAGUGGAUGGAACACUUCACCAUUAUGCCAUUCAGAUGAUGCAGAGUUUAGAAAUUGUUUUUAGAGUACAACUCCCAGAAUCCCCCAACCAUUGUGAUGAAGCUUAUUCUGGGACUACCUUUCCAGAUUUUGUUUAAAUGUACAUUUAACUUCUUUUAAGUAUGCAUUUUAACUGUAAAUUGUGAAGAUGAGAGUCUCAGGAUCUAUGAUCAACAUAAGUGCAGCUAACCAAGGAACCUGGACUAACUGCUUUUAGCAGAGGCUUCCUGACUCUAGAAUAGACUUUUCAGAGAAAGCACAAAUAUGUUCCAAAUAGUGUUCAGAAUCCACUGAUGGUUGACUACAUGGCUCAUUGACUUUUGCUGUGUAUGACACUGAGGACAAAGGAGACACCACAUUGUUUAGACAGUCAGGGACAAGUGGUGACUGCAUGCUAUGAAUAUGUGUUAUGAUGCAGCUCCUAGACAUUGCAUGAGUCCUUUAGUGCUUUCAUUCUGAUCACUGCAACAAACACCAGGUAAACAUGGCAAACAAGGCCACUAGUCAAAUAUGAACUAUCAUCCUUUCUCUUUCAGCCAGCAGACAUCUUAGGUGCAACAAAUCUAAGGAUUUCAGUCACUGAUGUGUGAGAAAGUGGUGCUUAAUCACUCUGUCAAAGCCAAUAAUGUUUUAUGAUGAAAAGAUAACUGAAAACUAAGCCUGUAACACACUUUGGAGGAGAAAUGGGAAACGUGGCCCUUUGUUCGUUGGUGGACUGCAGUCCCUAUUGUCCUUCACUAUUGAAUUUGCCAAUAUUUGCUAAGGCUGAUGAGAACUGAAGUUCAGGAACAUCUGGAAGGUCAAAUAUUCCCCAGUUCACUGGGGAUGGAAAAAGGCAACAAUUUUUAAGAGUUGAAAAACAGUGUUGUUUCCCCUGGUGGGAAUGUUUGUCGCUUUCUUCCCCAUUGCCAUUAGCCAAACGUUAGCUGAAUCCCUGAAUCAAAAUUUCUGUAGGCUUGAUCCAUCUAGUUGGUGAAGCAUUUUAAUGAUGGAUGUCACCUGGGAUAACACAAAGCAUUUUAAAAUAAUUUAAAUAAAUAGCAGAAUUUAAGCCCCCCCCCUGACAUUUAUUCUGCUUAUUAAGUUAGGCAAUCAUUUAUACAGGAACAUGCCAUGUUGGAAAAAAAUCAAACUAAUCAAUAAAGAAGUAGUCAUCACUCAACACAGCUCCAACCACCAAUGCAACAAGCUUUGAAGCAAUAAGGCAGAGUGGGCAGAAUACAGGCUGUCAGAAGUUGUUAUAUUGCAGUCCUCCUCAUCCCUAGCCAGCAUAGCCAUUGGUGUAGAAUGCUGGGAGUUGUAGCCCACCAUCAUCUGGAGGGUCAAAAAUAUACUCGCUCUGUAGUAAAGCAGCUAGGAGAAAGUGGGUUUAAAGACAUACAAAGCAUAAAGUGAAGGCAGAUGGUGCCACAGCCUUGCCCUACACAGGGUGGUUUGGAGACUACUCAAAGCAAUGAAAACAAUAGAAAAGUGAGAAGGCGACCAGGAUUUUGUAAAAACCACUCAAGUGGAAAUUGCACUAUCCAGCUAAUACAUAGAAAAGUACCUCAGAUGUAAUUGUCUGAACUCCACCAUUAUAUUUGCAACAAGGUGUUUGCUUUCAUGGACAGAAACGUCAAGGUAUACCCAAAUACAAGUUAUGCAUUGUAGAGUUUACAGAGGUAGUGCUAUGUUUCGUUUUAAUCGCUCCUUCAUAGUUUAGCUUGAACUGAGCUAAAGUAGUGUCUUCCGGGGCGGGAGGGAAUUACACUCAAUGACUUUACAGUAUGACUUGGGUGCUAAAAGUUCAGUUGUCUAAAAUUAGAAAAGCAAAAGUUGCCCACUGUGCUAGAAAAUAGUGGGGGUGGGAAAAUACCUGAUUAACAGUAUAUUAGAUUGGAAGAAGAGUAUUUUCACCCCAAAAAUAAUGGUGAUUUUAAAAUGUGCAGUUCAAAGUUACGAUCUGCUUCAAAUAUCAUUGCAACCAACUUUUUAUAACUCUAAAAUAGGGCUAGACAAUAUUAAAACUUGUCAGCUCUAAAAUGUUCAAACUAAAAUCAAGCACCUGUGCAAUUAUAGAGCGGGAUGCCUUUGAGCACAUUCGGGGCCUAGAAAUUUAUUUUCAUUGGGAUUUGCCAAUGUGUUGAUUCAACAAUGGAUUUAGUGUGUCUGCUCUAAUUGGGACAAACGAAGGGAUUUGAUAGCAGUGUACUGAGCUCACAGUUCCUUUCACAUAAAAGUUUGCUUUUGGUUACUGCAGUCCUUCAUUUCAGUGGCCUAAUUUAGGUGGAGAGAGGAGUCACAUUGUUGUUGCUACCUUUAAACAAUUGGGCAUCAGAAACCACUGCUUAUUUCCCACAAAUUGCCCAGAAAGAAAACAGUAGGUCUGUAAAUCUACCUUCUGCUUAUCUUUGAAUCCAAAACACAUGGACAUUUAGUCGGAGUUGAAACUUUCCUCGAGUUUGAACCUGCUCUAAAACGGCAGAAUUUGUUGUUGGGUUCUUUCCCUGCCAACAUUUUCCUCCUGAGCAAUUAAUAACAUUUGCACAUGGGGCAAUAAAAGCAAACUGCAGUAACUGCAAACAUGCUCCUUGCCCACUCUUGCAACAAAUUGAGAAAAAUCGUAUUUCAGGAUGGCAUAUUUUAGCCAAAUGAUAGUGAUAAAAAUCAGUGGAUUUGGUUCAGAUGUGAUCAUACUUAAGUAGACCUAUUGAAAAAAUGACUAAAUUGAUUCCUGUUGAGUUCAGUGGGUCUGCCUUAAGUAUGAUCCAGUAUGGAUCCAACCCAGUGUUUUUAAGUGACCUUUUAUCUUUUUAGAAACUGGAGUGGGGCGGGGAGGUACUACUACUGAUCUUUUUCAAACAAAGUGCAUGACUGUAAAGUGAUAAAAAUUGUAUAUUUUUCAUAAUGUGAGGAAAGAGUUUAUUUGUGCUGCUUUUGGAAAUCAGUAUGAAAUUAUGAUUUCUGUUAAACCUGUGAUCUUAUAAUCCUGCUAUAUUUUCUGUAUAUGACUGACAAAUAGAACUGGAAUAUGAUAGCACCUGUGCUCAUGUAUAUAAGCAAUGUCUGUAGAAUUUAGCACACGUUUAUACCUUUUAUGGAAACACUUUGCUUUUGUGGGGCCGGGUUUUGGGGGGGGGGGGGAGAAAAAAUGUAAGCAGAUUUUUUGAUAAGUGUGUAAAACCUUCAUUUGAAAUAUUUUAGUAAAAAUUAAGAGAUUGUGAUAGUGUAUACAUUGGAUUGAAGAAAAUAAAAUACGUUAUUUGUAA